AUGUCGGACUCUGUAGGUGCGUGUUCUGCAAUCAGGUUCCCCUGCAUCGGGGAUUAUUCGUUGACAUCCGUUCCCGUUGCUGCAGAUCGAGUCUUUGUUCAUGCCCUUAAUACCGUUAAGAGGAUACCCCGGACCGGCACUGCACGACCUCCGGCCGCAGAGCGCCUGGCCCUAUAUGGCUUAUACAAGCAGAGCAUGGAGGGGGAUGUGGAGGGAGUGAUGGAUCGACCGAUUGGGAAUACACCAGAGGUGCACGCCGAGUGCGAGAAAUGGGACGCCUGGUACGCGCAACGCGACAUCUCCCGAACAGAAGCCAAACGUCGCUACAUCUCCACGCUGAUCGACACAAUGCACCAGUAUGCAUCGCAAACCCCCGAAGCGCGCGAACUAGUCGCCGAGCUCGAAUUCGUCUGGGACCAGAUCAAAUACAACGCCUCCUCCGUCGCUUCCAGCCCCCUAAACACAGUCGGCGUCCCGCCGCUAUCGCGCAGCGCAUACGGGAGUAUCGGCAGUCGACUGGCGCCGGAGAAAGACGACCGGCCUGAUCGAGCGGAUUCAGAUCGGCAUGAUUCGCGGUUACGCGUUCUCAGCCCCGUCAGCCAGCCGGAGGAAGGAGAGUACUAUCGUCGACGGAAACAGUCGAUGGAUGAUCCCGGGGGUCGGGAUGGUCAGCCUGAAGAGGAGGACGAGGAUGAUGAGGAAUUCGAAGAAGCCCGGGAUAGUUUAUACGGAGAACAAGACCACGAUGACCAUGCCAGCACCACUACACACACCCAUACAAACGACACUGACCGCUCACAUCGAAAAGCGAAACGCCGCAGCACGGCGUCGGGGAUUAGUAUAGAGAGCGGGAAUGCUCGGUCCCAGUCGGGGGCCUCGAAUGAUAGUCGCUGGCGUCGCAGAGUCGAGCAGGCCUUGACGAAAAUGACGGCGGAGAUUGCGGCGGUGCGCGAGCAGAUGGAGGCUCGGGCUUUGGCGCAGCGUCGUCGCUCGGGGCUGUGGGCGUGGCUGAAGUGGAUGAUUUGGGUUGCUGUGCGGCAGAUCGUGUUUGAUAUUGCCAUGCUGGGCAUGCUGCUUAUUUGGAUGCGUGUACGAGGUGAUCGUCGUGUCGAGGCUCGGCUUAAGACGGGCUGGGCGGCGGUUAAGGCGAGAUUGGUGAAGUUCAAACUCCUGAAGAUGAUCGAUAUACCUAUACUUCCGUGA